AGUGUGAGAGGAGACUGUUCAGUGGGCGCCUGGGCACCACCGGGGAUGGAGCCGUCUCGUGUACCCAGGGGUCCGGCGCCGCGCCUCGUUUUUCUAUUCACCACGCUUGCACUGUCAUUUUCAGCCACUUGUCUGCUGUGCAGUGCAAUAAUGUCAGAUCAUUGGGAGGAGGUUGGAUGGGACAAGGAGGACUUGAACAAAGCCAAUGUCAGCCCCACGUGGUAUUUAGAUGGCCAGGUGGCGAUGUUGGAGCCAAUGCUGGACCAUACUAAUCGCUACACAACUGGAAGGCCAACUUUCCUCGUACCAAUGCACGGCGGCAUCUGGACAAUGUGUGUUUCCCUGAGUGAUGAGGAUAUUCGUCUCCUGAGUCAAGUAGGUUUUCCCCAGGAGCGCUGCAUAAAUUAUCUCACACCCGACGAGGCACACGAGGAGAUUCGUGCCGCAUGGCAGAGCAGAAUGCAAAAUCUGAGUAUUUCCUGCUCCAUGGUUUGCCUCAUCGUCCUGGGGAGUGCAGUACUCGUGGGAUUUUUUGGCCUCUGCAGGCAUCAGAUAUCAGCGGUUCUCGUGACGGGUGUCAUGUAUCUUCUAGCAGCGACCUUUGCCCUAUUCACCCUGACGAUAAUCCACUUCAAGCGAGCACAAGACCGUAAUGCCAAGAUUAUCGAGGGUCCUGAGGACGGAGUUAUUGGUGGUCCUGUACCCAGAAAUCUGCUCACAGCUCGUCGCUUUACAACCUCGUGGAGUAUGGAUUUCGGUUGGGGUGGUGUGACACUGUGCGCCCUAGCCUCAGUCGCAUGGAUAUUGCUCAGUAAAAUCAUGAGAUUCAGUCCAAUAGCGGCUAUGAUAGCGUAGCAGCGGGACGCCUUCGAGGUCUAAUGGCAAAGGAUGAAAGAGCAAAGAGGAGAUGGAGAGGAAAGGGCCUGAAUCAAUUGACAUGCUCGACGGAGUGAGAAUCAAGACAGAUAAAUCCAGCGGGGGACAAAAAAAACUAAGAACAAAGGGAAUUAUUUUCAUUCUAUCAUUUGAGAGAGAAAUUCGUGGCAAGAUCGAAGAUGGCUGAGCGCAGUGGCAAAUUAUUCGAAAAGUUAACGUGUAAACCUCGAGGGCAAUUGCAAUUAAAACUCAUUAUUAAUUCGAGUGAGAGUUUAAGAGGGCGGAAAAAAAUCAAUUAGUCAGUUUUGCUUGGCCGAAGUCCUCCACCGACUUUUGUACAAUUUUACACGAUCGCGGGAAAAUGGAAAAUUUGUUGAUAGAAAUCCUGAGAAGGGAAAAGUUCUAACCGUCCGAUAUGACAGAAGAAUGCAAGUCCGAUCGAUUCGGUGUGACAAAUAAUUUCAAGUGCCGCGCGCCACCCGCUUCUUGUCCGCUCAUCUGUGUGGGAGGGCAGUAUACGUCCUCUGCUCGCUUCGCCCGCCAGCCCCUCAUGCGGUGAAGGAGGAGAGGUACCGAGCGAGAGAGAGAGAGAGAGAGAGAGAGAGAGAGAGAGAGAGCCGAGUGAGAUUGUUCCCAGUUGCAUUCACUUGGGUCAAUCAUGAAUUAAGUACCAACCCCUUUCGGCAAGACACUCGGUAAAAAGUGCAGUUUUUUAAUGUUUCAUUUGUUUUCAGACUUCUCGAGAAUUUUUUUAUCCGCCAAUUAUGGGUUCUCGGACAAUGGAAAUGAAUUUUAUCAUUGAAUGUGAGAGUUUCAGGGUGAAAUAACGCGAGUCGAUUGUUCGCGGAGAUUUCCUCAUUGAUUUUAAUUUUAUGCAAUUGUUUGAUUUUUAGAUGAAUCGUUGAAUUUAUUUCAAUGGAUGGAGCUCUGUUUGUUUUGAAUGGAGAAUGAAGCCGCGUUAAUUCUGGUAUUGUAUUUCAAUACCAGAAAUAUUCACUAUUGAUGUUGAAGAGAAUACACAAAAUGAAUGAAUGAAUCCGUGAAAAAUGAAUGUUUAUUCAUGUUUCUGUAUGAUUGAGUCGUAUUGGUUGGCGUUGUUUUCACUCGACUGACGUUUUUUUUUAUUAUUUACGUUGAGGCUUUGCUGUGGUAUUCCGAGCGUCAAAUUCAAAUAAUAAUCAAGGUGAAUUCGAGCCAGAGGUAAAUAAAUCAAGGAAUUUUUUCAAUGCAUUGAACUGAGCUCGCCACGCAGGAUCAAGCUUUUGCUAACAACAAUACCUGCUAGACUUUUUUGUAAUAAAAAUGAAUGAUCAAAUAAAUAUGAUUAAUUGAUGUACCAUCAACUAGUACGAAAAUAAACGGAAAGAAUUUUGAGAAA